AUGGACGUUCACGAGCACGAGGCAGCAACAGGCUGCCGUUUUUCGUGGAACAUUUGGCCACCGACGCGUGCUGAGGCACAGCAAAUUGAACUGCCUUUGGGGUGCAUGUACACCCCGCUAAGAGAUUGUACACAUCUGCAGCUGGUCGAGUAUGAACCCGUCAGGUGCAGGGCCAGUGGAUGCGUCCUAAACCCGUUCUGUGCAGUUGAUUUCAGAAACAAGAGCUGGACGUGCCCCUUCUCACUCCAGAGGAAUUCUUUCCCUAGUCAUUACGCCGCCCAUAUAUCGGAGCAGAACUUACCUGCGGAACUUUUGUACCCAACAAUAGAAUAUAUAUUGCCACCAAGUUUGUCUCUACCCAGCAGCGCAGCAGCAGCAGCAGCAACAGCAACAGCAGCAGGUACACAGCUUCUGCCGCCACCCCUUUUUGUGUUAGUGCUUGACACCUGUAUUAUAGAAGAAGAAGUCGAACAACUCAAGGAUUCCUUGCUACAGGCGUUGGCUUUGAUGCCUUCAGACGCAAUGAUUUGUUUGAUUUCUUUUGGUGCUAUGUGCAUGCUCCAUGAAAUUGCGGAUCCUAGCGAGUACAACAAAGUGCAUGUUUUCCACGGAUCAAGGGAACUCUCUUCAGCUAGCAUUCAGCAGCAGCUGGGCCUUUCGCCAGGCUCUUCUUUUGCUGCUCCGCGCUCUGGGGGGACGACGACGCGUCAUCCGCUGGUACCAGCAGCAGCAGCGCGAUUUAUUCAGCCUGUAGGAGAAUGUGAAGCGAAGGUUUCCUUUAUUCUCGAGAAUCUUUCCAAGGACUAUUGGCCGGUUCCUGCAGACUCUCGAUCGGUUUUGUUGGGUGUGAAUUGGUGGUCGUUUGUUUGUUCGGUGCCAGAGGUGCUUCUGGGUAGUGCACCUGCUUUUACGUCGUUUGUGUCUCUUUGCAAACAGGCCAAAGCGGUGCACGGGCUUGGCGUUGUCCGUUGCGGUUGCGUUGGUGGAAAGUUGUUGGCUUCAGCUACCGUGCCGCAUCCUCUUGUUCACUGGGGGAGUGUGUACAACGGGGCCUGGACAGGCGUUUGCGUGGUGGUUGUGUUGUUUGUUGGCUCAUGUAAUGCGUGUACUUCUCUGGUGUCGUCAUCGGUUUGUGCUUUUUUGUUCUCUCCUUUGCUUCCUGCUAGUAUGUGCUUUGGAGCUUUUCAGCAAACAAUCGUGGACCUACCCUUGGCAGAGUCCAUCCGUCACCACUUGGACUUGCAGAAGGAUAACCAAAAUGCACGCUUUGUGCAGAAGGCACUCAAGUUCUACACAUCUCUAGCGAACAGAGCUGUUCGGGCCGGCUGCGCUGUCGAUAUCUUUGCUUGUUCACUGGACCAGGUGGGUCUGUACGAGAUGAAAGUAAUGCCGGAAAAAUCCGGAGGUUGCGUCGUUAUGAGUGAUUCAUUCUCUCUCAACGUUUAUAAAGACAGCCUCAAAAAGUUUUUGGAGACCGAUUCCACGGGGUUCUUGAAGAUGGGCUUCAACGCAAAGAUGGAAGUUUUGUGCAGCAAAGAGUUCAAAGUCUGUGGCGCUAUCGGCCCUUGCACAAGCACGGGAAAGAAGGGGGCCCAAGUUUCGGACUUGACCGUCGGUGAAGGCGCAUCUUGUGAAUGGCAGGCGGCAGCAAUGGACAAGGAAACAACAAUUGCAUUUUACUUCGAAGUCACAAACCAACAUGUUUCAAAUUUGCCCCCAGGAAAACAAUCUUUCCUGCAAUUUCAAACAUCAUACCUACAUCCUAGCGGCAGACGCCGGCUGCGAGUUACGACGCUCUCCUACAGAUUUGCAGAUCAAAGCCCGCUGGACAUAGCUCCAGGAUUUGACCAGGAAGCGGCAGCAGUGCUCAUGGCGCGUCUUGCAGUAUUCAAAACGGAGACAGAAGAUUCUCUCGAUGUCCUGAGAUGGCUAGACAGGAAGCUUAUUCGACUGGUUUCGCGUUUUGCAGACUAUCAAAAAGAUGACCCCAACUCCUUCCAUCUUUCCACGGAGUUCGCCAUAUACCCACAGUUCAUGUACCAUCUCAGGCGCAGUCAUUUCUUGCAAACUUUCAACGCAAGCCCCGACGAAACUGCGUACUACAGGUCUGUGCUAUUGAGAGCAAGCGUUAUGAAUGCAUUGGUGAUGAUUCAACCGGCGUUGCUUUCGUAUUCACUCAACCAGCAAGGCCCCCCCCAGCCUGUGCUGCUGGAUGCCCAGGCACUCAAGCCGGAUGUUAUAUUGUUGCUGGACUCAUUUUUCCACGUCGUUGUUUGGCACGGCGAGCUAAUUCAUCAGUGGAGAGAACAAGGGUAUCAUAACUUGCCAGAAUAUGAAAAUUUAAGGCAGCUGUUGCAGGCACCUGUGGAUGAUGCUAGUGUCGUGCUGGGGGACCGUUUCCCCGCGCCAAAGUAUGUCCAGUGUAACAGCGGUGGCUCGCAAGCGCGCUUUCUUUUGGCGAAAGUCAACCCGUCAACGUCGUACGUCAAUUCGGGAGCAGCGCAGCCCCUCGGCCUUACGGAGGGAGGGGAAGCCUUCAUCAACACAGAUGAUGUUAGUCUUAAAGUCUUCAUGGAACACCUUAUCAAACUCGCAGUACAGAGCUAA